GCGGAUAUCUAUGUAGUGCUUUUUCUAGCAUUCAAUCCAUCUCCACUCUGCUCCCAUUCUUCUCUUAUUUCUGAUCACAAACAAAAUGGGUUGAUUUCUCUAGCUCUGCACAUGCUCGAUCCCUCCUUUCAUGGAACCAAAUUUCCCCAAUUUUGGGCUUUUCUUUUCAUUCCAUUUUCUCAUUAAUCGAUGCCUCGAUUUGUUUUCUCUUGCUUUCCCCUCACUCUUUCUGACAGUGGGUCUCCAUCUUCGAAACUGCCUUCCCUUUGUUGCCGCUUCAAGUCACACAUUUUUUUAAUGUUGUUUGUUUGAGUGAUCUGUUCAUCGAGGACGAGGGUUUUUAAGUGUUUAGUUUAUUUUGAAAGUGGAAUUUGUUGCCUUAGUGUAAUCAGUUUGAUUGCAGAGAUUGAUCUCGAAAUUGCUCUUGAUUUUAAGUGAUUGAUUGUUGGGUAAAAUGCUCGAUAUGCUUAGGGGAUUUGGAUUGAUGCUAGGAUUAUGCAACUUUUCUUGUUUGUUGCUGAUUCAGGGAUCUGGAAUUGCAGUUCCUCCUGUAUUUUUCGCUCCAGCGCCUACUCCGGCGCAUCACUCAAAUGGCAAUUCUCCGGGGCCUCAGUCGCAGGCCAAUUUUAAUGGAGUCCCCUUGGCUGCAUCCCCGAUUCCUUUAUCAAACAAUCGUUAUUAUCCUCUUCACGCUGCUCGAGCAGCUCCAUCGCGGCAAGCAAGAACGCCGUUAUAUCCAAAAAUGCCGUUGCAAUCUUUACCUCCGCCGCCUCCUCAAGAAGAAUGUUCUCCCUUGGCGUGCGUCGAACCCUUAACAUACGGUCCUGUGGAAUCGCCGUGUCUCUGUGUGUUGCCGAUACAAGUAGGGAUCCGUCUUACCAUAUCACUUUAUACCUUUUUUCCUUUAGUUUCGACACUAGCUUCCGAGAUUGCUUCUGGAGUGUUCAUGAAACAAAGCCAAGUUCGCAUAAUUGGCGCAAACGCGGCCGGGGAUGAUCCACAGGAGACCGUCGUCCUUAUCUAUUUACUACCCCUUGAAGGAAGAUUCGACGAUGCCACGACAUAUUCUACGUAUAAAAGAUUCUGGAGCAAACAAGUCAUUAUACGGCCUUUGUUUUUUGGUGAGAUUAACGUCCUGUAUGUGCGAUAUCCAGGUCUCCCUCCAUCUCCACCGUCGCCGUCAUCGUGUAAUGGCAUUAUACCGAGUAAGCCGUACCUUAGUCAUCACAACGACGGGAGAACUGUGAAACCACUCGGAGUCGAUGUAAGAAAAAACGGACAUCGACAUCAUUGGCCUAGCGAAAGCGUACUAUGGAUGAUAAUUCUAUCAAUUCUUGUAGUUCUAGUCUUGAUGUGUGGUGUUUUUGGCGGCUACAUUUAUCGAACAAACCUUAAUCCGCCUGCUGUUCUUCGUUCCCUCGCAAAGUCUUCAGCCUUGUCUACAUCUGUGGUCCGAAGUGGGAGCAGUUCUCCUUCGUUCUCGUUAGGUUCAGCCGUUGCAGCGUGUACGAUUUCUGCGAAGAAAUUCAGCUCAAGCGAGAUCGAGCGAGCAACCGAGUUCUUAAACGAAUCGAGAAUUCUCGGCGAAGGCGGAUUCGGAUGCGUUUACAGAGGCGUGCUUGACGACGGGGCUGAAGUUGCGAUCAAGAUUCUCAAACGGUACGACCAGCAGGGCUCCCGGGAAUUCUUGGCCGAAGUCGAGAUGCUUAGCCGACUUCAUCACAGAAAUUUGGUAAAACUGAUCGGAAUUUGUGUCGAGGAGCGCGCUCGUUGCUUGGUAUACGAGUUGGUAUCGAAUGGUAGCGUCGAAUCUCAUUUACACGGCGUUGAUAAGGAAAGAUCUCCGCUGGAUUGGUGGGCUCGGCUGAAGAUUGCGUUAGGCGCCGCUCGAGCUCUUAGUUAUCUACACGAAGACUCGAGCCCCCGCGUUAUCCACCGGGACUUCAAAUCGAGCAAUGUUUUACUUGAAGAUGAUUUUACGCCAAAAGUGUCCGAUUUCGGUUUGGCUCGAGCAGCGUUCGACGAGGUGAACAAGCACAUAUCGACCCGCGUCAUGGGAACCUUCGGGUACGUAGCGCCCGAGUACGCGAUGACGGGGCAUCUUCUCGUCAAGAGCGACGUUUACAGCUACGGCGUCGUUCUACUCGAAUUACUCACCGGAAGGAAGCCCGUCGACAUGUCUCAGCCACCGGGUCGAGAAAAUCUAGUCUCUUGGGCGCGUCCGCUUCUGACAAAUCAAGACGAUUUAGAGCUGAUUAUCGACCCGUCGUUAGGGCCCGAUGUCCCGUUCGACAGCGUCGCGAAAGUCGCCGCUAUCGCGUCGAUGUGCGUUCAGCCCGAAGUAUCGAACCGGCCCUUCAUGGGCGAGGUGGUCCAGGCCUUAAAACUCGUGUGCGACGAGCGCGACGAGACGACCGAUUCUUCUUCCGGAAGGCGUAGCCCGGAGGAUACGUCGAUUCUUGUCGAUGAUGAUAGGGAAAGUACGAGCUCGCAACGUAACUUUGCGACUCCAUCCUCGGCGACGGAUUAUGAUUCCCGGGUCGAUUUUUCGAUGUCGUCGGAGCUCUUCCGGGACCGGGAAUCGGGCCGGAGGCAUUCUAGCAGCUCCGGGCCUUUGAGGACGGGCAAGGGAACCAGGUUUUGGAAGAGAAUGUCCAAGGGAAGUGUAAGUGAUCAUAGGCUGUUCAAAUUUUGGCCUGGGUCUCAUUAACGUUGUUCAUGUAGGGAAAUUAUGCUGUAAAUAGAAUGUAUAUGAUUAGUUAAUAAAAUAUUUAUUUAUUUUGUGAAAUAUUUUGAAGGUAUUUUAUUUUUUAUUUUUAUUUAUGAGAUGUGUAAAAAA